AUGGUGCUGCUCGGUGGGCCGCUGGGCAUUUCGCUCGCCCCAUAUAUUGUCAAAAAUCCUGGACUACAUAGAUUCAUCAAGCCAUGGGCCAACAUGUUCAUCAAUGCGUCUGGCUACCGCAAGGUUGGCUUGCGCUACGACGAUCUGAUUUCUGAAGAGCGCGAGGACGUCCAAAAGGCAUUGUCACGCCUGCCAGAUAAGGAGAGUUACGACCGUGUCUACCGCAUGCGGAGGGCGUUCCAAUGCGAUCUUAUGAGGCGUCUCCUGCCAAAGGACCAGUGGACGAAACCGGAGGAGGAUGUUCGAUAUCUUACUCCAUACAUUCGCGAAGUGGAGAAGGAAGAUACCGAGCGAGCAGAGUGGGAUGCAAUGGACGUAAAGGCUGUCCGGAAGCCCUUACCGCCUAGACGGCUCGCUUUGACUAUAUGCACAAUCGCAUUUAUUUAG